CGGGUUAGCCAUGUGUAUGCUGCAAUCACAGAAAUUUUGAGAUAUGUCUCACCAAUUUUAAUUAUUUAGCGACAAUCUGUAAUAUUUCAACACAUUGUAUCAAAAAGUACUUUCACAAUAUUGCAUCAUUUUGACUUUGAAUAUUAUAUUAUCAAUUGUUGACACACAAAUCAUCGAUUUCGGUAUAAUGGAAAGCGAAAGUUCGCCGGCUGUUGGAGAUGGGCCAGAACAGGGUGUACCAAAAGUAAAGUCUGAAAAAGAACUGUUGAAAGAAAAACAAAAACAAGAAAAACUUGAGAAAUUUAAGGCAAAACAGGAAAAACUCAAACAGAAGCAAGAUCAACCUAAGAAGGAAGGGGACUCCCAGAAAAAGAAAGAAAAGAAGGAAAAGACUGUUGUGAAGUAUGAAGGAAACACAAAACCAGGUCAAAAAAAAGAUAUAUCAGGGGUGAUGCCAGAUGCCUACAGUCCUCAGUAUGUAGAGGCUGUUUGGUACGAUUGGUGGGUGGAACAGGGUUUCUUCAAACCAGAGUAUGGUGGAAGAGAUUUUACCAACGUAGCAUAUGAAGAUAAAUUUGUGAUGGUAAUACCUCCACCUAAUGUUACUGGAUCAUUACAUUUAGGUCAUGCUCUUACAAAUGCUGUUGAAGAUGCUAUUACUAGAUGGCACAGAAUGCAUGGUAAGAUUGUUUUGUGGAACCCUGGCUGUGAUCAUGCUGGUAUAGCAACACAAGUUGUUGUGGAGAAAAAACUAAUGAGGGAGAAGAAAAUAAGUCGACAUGAACUUGGAAGAGAAAAAUUUGUUGAACAAGUGUGGAAUUGGAAAAAUGAGAAAGGAGACAGAAUAUAUCACCAGUUAAAGAAAUUAGGAGGCUCUUAUGAUUGGGACAGAGCUUGUUUUACCAUGGAUCCUAAAUUGUGCCAAGCUGUGAAGGAGGCUUUCAUUAGAUUACACGAAAAGAAGUUGAUCUACAGAUCUGUUAGACUUGUGAACUGGUCCUGUACACUUAAAUCUGCCAUAUCGGAUAUAGAGGUGGAUAAGAAAGAAUUAACUGGUCGAACAUUUUUACCAGUUCCAGGGUAUAAAGACAAAGUUGAGUUUGGUGUACUGGUGUCUUUUGCCUACCCUGUUGAAGAUUCAGAUCAAGAACUUGUUGUGGCCACUACACGUAUAGAGACCAUGUUAGGUGAUACUGCUGUAGCUGUCCAUCCAGAAGACAAGAGAUAUUCACACCUGCAUGGAAAAUUUGUCAAACAUCCAUUUGUUGAUCGUCGUAUGCCAAUAAUUUGUGAUGACUUUGUUGAUAUAGAGUUUGGUACAGGUGCUGUGAAGAUUACACCUGCUCACGAUCAGAAUGAUUACGAGUGUGGAAAACGACACAAUUUACCAUUCAUUACAAUGAUUGAUGAUGAAGGGAAUAUAUCUGCUGAUUGUGGAGAAUUUAGUGGAAUGAAAAGAUUUGAAGCUAGGAAAGCUGUGUUGAAAGCUCUAAAAGACAAGGGUUUUUACAAAGAAACAAAAGAUAACCCUAUGGUUGUUCCAAUCUGCAGUCGAUCUAAAGAUGUGAUAGAACCUUUAUUGAAGCCUCAGUGGUAUGUCAGUAUGCAGAGUAUGUCAGAGGCAGCUGUUAAGGUUGUUAGAGAUGGGGAGCUAAAGAUUAUUCCAGAAAUGCAUAUACAGACUUGGAACAAAUGGCUAGAAAAUUCACGUGAUUGGUGUAUUUCACGACAGUUAUGGUGGGGACAUCGUAUCCCAGCAUACUUUGUUACUAUAAAUGAUCCCAGUAUACCUGCAGGUUCUGAUACUGAUGAGAAUUACUGGAUUGUUGCCAGAUCAGAAGAGGAAGCUAAACAGAAAGCUGCAGAUAAAUUUGGUGUUGCUGUAGAAAAGAUAUCAUUGCAACAAGAUGAGGAUGUGUUGGAUACAUGGUUUUCAUCAGGAAUAUUUCCUUUCUCGAUAUUUGGAUGGCCAGAUCAGACAAAAGAACUAGAAGCCUUUUAUCCGGGAACGUUACUAGAAACUGGACAUGAUAUUUUAUUUUUCUGGGUUGCCAGGAUGGUGACAAUGGGACUUGUUUUGAUGGGAAAACUGCCAUUUAAAGAGGUAUAUUUACAUGCUAUGGUUAGAGACGCUCAUGGUAGGAAGAUGAGUAAAUCCCUAGGAAAUGUGAUAGAUCCCUUAGAUGUUAUAUAUGGUAUAACAUUACAGGACCUGCAUAGUAGACUUGAAGAUGGUAAUUUGGAAGAGAAAGAAGUUAAAAAAGCACAGGAGGGACAGAAAGCAGAUUACCCCAAUGGUAUCCCUGAAUGUGGAACUGAUGCACUAAGAUUUGCCCUUGUUGCAUAUACUUCUCAAGGAAGGGACAUUAACUUAGAUGUUUUAAGAGUCCAAGGCUAUAGAUUUUUCUGCAAUAAAUUAUGGAAUGCUACAAAAUUUGCUAUGAUCGCCCUUGGGGAUAAUUUUAAACCAGAACCAGAACAUAAGUUGAGUGGAAAAGAAAAAGAGAUGGACUUAUGGAUACUGAGUAGGAUGACCUAUGCCAUAGAACAGGCCAACAUAGGAUUUGUUAACUAUGACUUCCAGACAACUACUACUGCCUGUUAUAACUUCUGGUUGUAUGAACUUUGUGAUUGGUACUUGGAACACAUCAAGCCACUUAUUUAUGGUGAUAAUGAAGAAGAGAAGACUGUUUCAAGAAAUGUCUUGUAUACAUGUUUAGAUGUUGGUCUUCGGUUGUUACAUCCUAUCAUGCCUUUUGUGACAGAAGAGCUGUAUCAACGAUUACCAAGGAGAUCAGAUAAACAUGCACCCAGUAUAUGCAUAGCUCCUUAUCCACAUGUUGAUACAUACCAACACAGAUCUAAAGAUUUAGAAUCAGAUGUUGAUUUAGUGCAGACUGUUGUUAAAAGUAUAAGAUCAACUCGAGCAGAUUAUAAUUUAGUAAAUAAAAAUAAAACUGAUGUGUACUUAAAGUGUGAUACAACAGAAACAGCCUCUAUAUUAAAGAGAUACACAGAUCUGAUAGAAACCUUGACAUUUUGUGCUAGUCUCAACAUUCUGGUCGGGGACUCACCACCUGAGGGAUGUGCUGUACAGACUGUGUCAGCUAAAUGUGAAUGUCACAUCAUGUUAAAGGGUAUAAUUGAUAUCUCAAAAGAAAUCAGUAAACUGAAUGGAAAGAAAGACACUUUGUCUGGUCAGUUACAAAAAUUAAAGGACACAACAGCCAAAGAAGAUUACACCACUAAAGUACCAGAGGAUGUUAGACAAAAGAAUUCACAGAAGAUGAGUGAAACAGAAAUAGAAAUAGAAAAAUUAACACAGGCCAUAGCUACUUUAGGAAGAAUGUAGAGAUAUGUGUAAAGACUAGCAGAUUCAAUUUAAGAGACACAGUGAAAACAUUCAAUAAAUUUCUUCAUGAGAGUAUUAAGCAAUCAUGUUUAACUUUGUUAAUUUAUGUGAAGUUAAUUGAUAAACAGAGAUUUUGUUGUGACAGACAGAAAUCUCAGUCAUUACGUUGUAUUACAAGGAAGUUUUUUAGUAACAUAGACUCACUUAUACUCUGCACUAUUUAUUUGUAUCUACUUAAGCACUGGAGUGCCUUCUUAUGUCUAAUAACAGCAACUUUGUCUAUAAUACACCUUUUUGGGGCUAUUCUGAGUUUAAAACUAUAUUUUGCUGGUUCAAUGAUGUUCCUUACUCAUUUAUUCUAUGAACCUGAUUAUUUUGGUAAAUUGGUUGUUUUCUUAUCACUGCAUUUAAAUUUUAAACAGUGCCCUUAUUUUAGUAGCAAACAUCCACAAAUUACUAAUUACUUGAAAAUACAUGGUUCUAUUAGGUCUGAUAAUUGUUAUGAUUUGACUUUCACAGAAUCUUUCUGGAGGGGGCUAGGAGGUGGUUCAUCCCGAUUUUCCUGAGAAAAUAAAUGCCAAAUCCUGAAUUGCAGUGAAAAUAAUGUGGCCGUACCGACAUCUCGAUAUUAUUAAAUCCAGAAGAUUUAACUGGCUGUCCCAGAAUUCCUCAGAAUUAAACAGCUCAAUCCUUAAUUCCAGAAAAAGGUCCUUCUGCCCCUCUUUCUCACAUGAUGAGCAUUGCAUAUUUAAUUUCUUCAAAUUUUAAACCUAUUCAAUAGUAUUGUUAACCAGGUAUUUUUUGUAGCACUAAUUUUAUUAAUUUCAUGGACAAAGGCUUAUCAAGUACAUACAUUCUAAAGGAAAUACAAAUUUGUAUUGUUUUUAAGGAAGAAAUUCAGAAAUGGUAUUGCAGUAUGGGAGCAUCACUGUUAUGGACAUUCUGAUCAGUGCAUACAUCCUGUAAGAGGACAAAGAAACUUGGGAAUGUUAGUAGAUUUUAAAUUGGUCUAUUGAGUGUCCUAAAAUCUGAACUUUUUAGUUAACCCACAUAAUAAAUUCAUUAAUACUAUUUAUUGUCAAAACAUUAAUAAAGGUCAAAGAA